AUGGCAUGUGGGUCAGGAGAUCUUCAGGGCCCUCCACUUGCGUCUGCCAGACUUCAGGAUGUUUUCUACGUUGACGAGACCUGGUUCACGGGCUGUGGUCAGACCAACACGGCCUGCAGGAUGGUUAAGGGGAGGCUGGAGGAGGUAGGCAAGUGGCCAUGGCAGGUGAGCAUCCUGUUCAUGGGCAUGUAUAUCUGCAGCGGCUCCCUCAUUCAUCAGCAGUGGGUCCUCACGGCUGCGCACUGCUUACAGAGAUCCAGGGACCCCAAAAUGUACUCCGUGAAUGUGGGGGCCGAAAAGCUCUCAGAAAACAACACUAAGCUCCAACUUACUCACAUCGUGAUUCAUGAGGAUUUCAGCAACCUCAUAUCCCAGGACAUCGCCCUCCUGAAGCUCAAGGACAUGAUCUCCUGGUCCCCUCUCAUCCAGCCGAUCUGCCUACCCAACCACAAGCUCAAGCCGUCUAUUGGAACCAUGUGCUGGGUAAUUGGGUGGGGACACGUACAGACUAGAGACACCACAAAGGCCGUCCAAAGCCUUCAGGAGAUGGCUGUCAAGAUUGUAAACAAUGAGGUCUGCAAUAAAAAGUACCAGUACCUCUUCUUAAAGGACCAAAAGAAGUUCAUCGGGCAGGACAUACUGUGCGCCACUGCUUACUGGGGCCUGGAUUCUUGUCAGGAUGACUCUGGCAGCCCCCUUGUCUGCCAGAUGAACAAGACCUGGAUUCAGAUGGGGGUGGUGAGCUGGAGCUUUGGCUGCAGCCAAAGUCGCUUCCUUGGCAUCUACACCAGCACCUCCUACUUCACCCAGUGGAUCAAGAGACAGGUCAAGGAAAUGAAGUUCACCAGUGGGGCUAGCUCUGCCUUUCUGAUCCCAGUCUUCCCCACUGGCUACGUCCUGCUGGUCUCCUUGGGCUCCCUGUGGCUCUUGUGAGCAGUGUUUCCAGUGUGGUGGUCCCUGCUGUCU